CGCGUCUCUCUCUCCCCUGUGCGCUGACAAAUUGUUGUCUUCCUCCGCUCAGAAACAGCAAAGAAAACCCUUGAAUCCAUAAACCCUUCUUCUUCUUCUUCCGUUCUUCUUCUUCUUCCGUUCUUCGUCAUCAAAUCUCACAGAUCGAUCUCCAUGGCUACUUCCGAACGCGAGAUCUUUGUCUAUACUGCUAAGCUCGCCGAGCAAGCCGAACGUUAUGAUGAGAUGGUGGAAGCAAUGAAGAAGGUUGCAAAAAUAGGUGUGGAAUUGACCGUGGAAGAGAGGAAUUUGCUAUCAGUUGGGUACAAAAACGUGAUUGGUUCUAGGAGAGCCUCAUGGAGGAUUUUGUCAUCCAUAGAGCAGAAGGAGGAGGCGAGAGGGAAUGAUCAGAAUGCAAAACGGAUCAGGGAAUAUCGACAGAAGGUCGAAUCUGAGCUCAAUACCAUUUGCAAUGAUAUCAUGAAUGUGAUCGAUGAUCAUCUCAUUCCUUCCUGUGGUGGUUCUGGUGAAUCAAAUGUAUUCUAUUACAAGAUGAAAGGGGAUUAUUAUAGAUAUUUGGCAGAAUUUAAGUCUGGUAACGACAAGAAAGAGGUUGCUGAUCUUUCAAUGAAAGCAUAUGAGGCAGCUACAAGUACAGCAGAAGCUGAUUUGCCUCCUACACAUCCCGUUCGGUUGGGACUUGCUUUAAAUUUCUCGGUCUUCUAUUAUGAAAUUAUGAAUUCAGCUGAAAGGGCCUGUCACCUAGCCAAACAGGCUUUUGAUGAAGCAAUUUCAGAGCUUGAUUCCUUGAAUGAGGAGUCUUACAAAGACAGUACAUUGAUUAUGCAGCUUCUAAGGGACAAUCUCACCUUGUGGACCUCGGACAUUGCAGAGGAAGGAGAAGAUUUUCACAAACAGGAUGGAGCUACUAAAACUGGUGGUGAGUUGGAGAAUGCAGAGUGAAAGGGAGUUGGUGUUGAUUCCAUGAAGUGGUUUGGUGAUUGUGUGUGUUAUAGAGGAGGAUUGGUUUGGGCAUUUGGUGGUUUUAUCUUUUCAGUGACUGCCCAUUUCCAACUCAAUCAAUCUUCUGUUGUCAUUAUUUUCUAUUUUUAUUUCUUUCUUUCUUGUUGGAGUGAUUGAAUUGAAGUUUGCAGAAUUUAAAUCUGUUGGCAAGGUUUCGUU